AUGGCGAUGGAUCCGUGCCAGGGUCAGAGGCACCUCGGACGGGCGAUAUACAACAAAUGCCAGCUCCUUCCUCACACCUUCCGCAGCCCCCCCCCCCCAAACCCCCACCCCUACGUUGGAGACAUUGGCUGCAGCAGGUUGUCCCGGAGCGAGGAGACACGCCCAAGUGGGACAACGUUAAGGCAUAAGGCGGGGGAGAGAGAGGCAGAGCAAUAUGGAUUCAUUAACACCUGCCUGAAAUCUCUGGUAAUAGAGAACUUUGGAGAGGACACAUGGGAGGCCUUGAGGGCACGGGCUGAAGUUCAAGACACCUUUAUGACCUACCAGGUUUACGACGAUGUUAUCACACUGAGUCUCCUGCAGGCAGCUUCUGACAUGCUCAACGUAUCUACUGAGGCUCUUUUGAAACUCUUUGGAGGAUACUUCUUCACUUUCUGCAAGGUGUCUGGCUAUGACAGGAUGCUACGUACAUUGGGAGGAUCACUGAUGGAGUUUAUUGAAAAUUUAGAUGCCCUUCACAGUUACCUUGCGCUGUCAUAUCAGGCGAUGAGAGCACCAUCUUUUCGAGUGGAAAGGAGGGAAGAUGGAGCGAUGUGGCUUCAUUACUAUUCUGACAGAAAAGGUCUCUGUCAUAUUGUCCCAGGGAUAAUAGAAGCCGUAGCCAUAGACUUCUUUGAAACGGAGGUGGAGAUGGAAAUCCUGAACCAGUCGGAAGAGGAAGAAUGUACAGAGGAGAAGGAGCAUGUGAUUUUCCUUGUUGUCCAGAAGAAGCUGUCAAGACGAGGGAGGGAGAGGCUGGAAGGUACCUUGCUGUACUCCUUUAAGCCAGUUUAUCCGGAGAGGCUCUGGAUUGACAACAAAGCUUUCUGCGAUGCAUUUCCUUUCCACAUUGUCUUUGACAAAGAGCUAAAGGUGAAGCAGGCAGGAGUGAACAUCCAGAAGUAUGUACCAGGGCUACAAAUGGAGGACAUUAAAAUCAAUGAGUACUUCACCAUCACCCAUCCAGCAGUACCUUUUACCAUUUCCAGCAUAAGAAAAUUUAUCAAUAGCCAGUUUGUACUGAAAACUCGGAGAGAAAUGAUGCCAGUAUCUUGGAAAAGUCAACCAAUGCUGAAACUUCGAGGGCAGAUGCUGUGGAUGGGAUCCAUCCAGUGCAUGAUCUACUUGUGCUCGCCACAACUGCGCUCCCUCCAAGAACUGGAGGAGAGGAAGAUGCACCUUGCUGAUAUUGCCCAACAUGACACCACCCGAGAUCUCAUCCUCCUCAACCAGCAGAGGCUGGCUGAGAUCGAACUGUCCAAUCAGCUCGAACGCAAGAAGGAAGAGCUUCGGAUCCUGUCCAAGAACCUGGAGGUGGAAAAGAAAAAGACUGAGGUGCUUUUGUAUGCCAUGCUCCCCAAGCACGUGGCCAACCAGCUGAAGGAAGGCAAGCGGGUAGAAGCAGGGGACUUUAAAGAAUGCACUAUUCUCUUCAGCGAUGUGGUGACAUUUACCAACAUCUGUGCUGCUUGUGAGCCCAUCCAGAUUGUCCACAUGCUCAACUCCAUGUACUCCCGAUUCGACCGCAUAACGUCAGUCCAUGAUGUUUACAAGGUGGAAACCAUUGGAGAUGCCUACAUGGUUGUUGGCGGGGUUCCAGUUCCUGUUGUAAGCCAUGCCGAAAGGGUCGCCAACUUUGCCUUGGGAAUGAGGUUUGCCGCAAGAAAGGUGAAGAAUCCAGUUACUGGGAAUCCAAUUCAGAUCCGAGUUGGCAUUCACUCUGGACCUGUUCUGGCUGGAGUGGUUGGAGAGAAGAUGCCGAGAUAUUGUUUAUUCGGUGACACAGUUAAUACUGCCUCAAGGAUGGAGAGCCAUGGAUUGCCAGGGAAAAUCCACCUCAGUGCAACAGCGAACAGAGCAUUGCAGAAGAAAGGUUUUGAAAUAGUGGAGAGGGGAGCGAUUACAGUGAAAGGCAAAGGGAAAAUGAUCACCUACUUCCUGGUCCAGAACAUGCAUGCCACAGAGGAAGAAAUCAUGGGUCACCCAUCGACAGCCAAUGGAGAGUAUUCCAACCAAACCGCUGAGAGCAGCAAGGGCAAAUCUGACCAGAACGAACAAACUAAUAAUGAAGACGAAGAUUGCAAAACCAUUGUUGCUAUGGAAUACGCUGACAGUGAGGAUGUACCCACAGGUGGCUGCACACUUUUUGGUAAAUUGCACAUACGCUGUAUGCAUUGCUCGUAA